ACGAAGUUGAAUGGUUGUCUGAUAUUAGAGUACAGACGACUUAUCUGGAGUCAGUCUCACGAGAUCGGUCCAAGUGAAGUGUCACAGGCGUAUUGAGCUUGAGUUCCGGUGACCGCCAAAAAGCCCAUUCUUGCUCUUCUGUUCUGCCUGAAAGCAAAAAUAGGGUGGUUUCUCUGGCAAUAGUGCAAAACAGUGGACGUGCUAAGGGUGAAGUGUUGGGUGAAAAUUAUCACAAAUGACCGGAAACGGAGUGGUGGGAGGCAUUUCCUCCUCGGCAUCAUCCUCAAAUGUGAGGACGUGCAAUUUUCCAUAUUGCACCGUGUUCGUGGCAUCUCUCGGAUACUUUAUCAUUGGAAAUUCGAUUGCAUGGUCGAGUCACGCCAUAUUUUUCCUUCUGAUGGAAGAUCCUGAUGUGAAGCUGUUCUAUGUAAUCGCUUCUCUGUCUUUUGUGGCAACGGUUAUCCCACUUGUGGUCUAUAAAAUGCUAAAUGCAGUCAGUCUCAAGUUCUUCCUUAUCCUCGCAGCGGUCUUUGCCUCCCUCUCAUGGGUGGUGCCACUACUGGGAGAAUUUCUAGGAUUUUCGCAAGGAUUUUCACUAUUCUUCAUCGUUGUCUGUGGACGUCUUCUGGCCGGAUUGGCGGUGGGAAUUUUUCAUUUCCUCGUACCUAUUUAUCUGGAAGAUCUCAUGGCUGGUGGUUCAUGUAAGGAGACGCGUCUUCUCAUCGACAAUGUUCUUUGCACCCAAUUUGCAAUUGGUGUCCUCACACAAUAUGGAAUUGGAUACCUCCACAGUGGUACUUUAAUCUCUCUACUCUCCGUCAUCCUGGCCCUUCUUAUUGCUGUCGGACUAUUUUUCAUUCCUCAAUCACCGAGAUAUUUGUGCAAUGCCAACAGAAGUGAGAAAGCUAGAGGGAUUCUUCAGCAAUUCCGGGGAACUUUGAGGAACACUGAGGAGACCAAACAGAUUGAUGCCGAUAUUGAUUUCUGGUCGAGCAAACAGGACCAAAUUGCUUUUGGGACCAUUUUUGAGAGUGUCAACAGUAUAAAGUUGCUCCUUCCGACACUUGGGCUCAUUUUUUGGGAGCAGAUGAUUGGAAUUGUUGUUAUAUUCUUUUAUUUGAUACCAUGCCUCCACCACUUGCAUGAUGGAAAUACAGGGAUGUCAGAAACACUUCUAGUAACAUCAGGAUUUAUUAUUGGGACUAUUCUAGCCACUUUUAUGCGUGUGAAAAUUAACCAGAAGUAUCUGUUGAUGACAUCUGGAAUUAUAAUGGGAGCCCUACUGAUUGUCGUUGGCAAUUACGAUCAUUUUCAGCGAAGCACGAAUCGGUCAAAUCGAAACUUUGGGUAUUUCCCGGCAGCUUGUUUUGCUGUCUUCCUUAUGCUCUAUGCAUUCGGUUUCCGAAGGAGUGUCUCAAUUUACCAGCAUCAACUUAUCGAGAGAAAAAAGCUCCUUCUCUGGAGAUCUCUGAGUGUAUCGAUUGCCUGGGCAACGGUGACCUUCAUCGCCUGGAUAUUUGCCUACGGAUGGCCAGUUGUUGGACUUGGUUGGAUCCUCAUCUUCAUUGGGUCUAUCAGUCUAUUGGGCGUGAUCUUCAUUUUCGCAUGUUUUCCAAGUUCUGUUGAAGAGAAACCACCUCGGAAGCAAGAACAUCUGAACAACUUCGAAAACGUCCCUUUAGAUAGUGUAUUGUAAAAGACAUUUUGAUAAAUUAAGGCGACUUUAAUAUUCAAAUAUUUAACACCGAAUAUUAACAGUUUGCUGAACAAGUUUCACAAUGUCUUCUUUCAAAUGAUGACACUUCAAUGAUACUCCAAAGAGAAUUAAUACACUUAUAGUUUUUUUUAAGUUUCCUUUUGAUAAAAUCUAGCUUUGGAAUGAAGGUUAGACUAUACAUGUUAUACACAGGAGGUUUAUUUUUUAUAUCUUGUUGACACGUCUUAUUAAAUAAUUUACUUAAGGCAAAGAGAAAUUUAUUCCUUUCCUAAGUUAUUAACAAAAUAUUCAAAAAAAGAUUUCUUAUGCAUAUAGUCUGAAAAAAAUAUAUCCUUUUAAAAUCUAUUAUUUAUAGAUACAGUUUUUAUAUAGUUUUCUCAUUUUUUGUUUACAUUUAUAGUUUAGGUAUCUUGACUUUUCAUUUUUAUUAUAUGUACAUAAUAUUUUCUAUUUCUUAGUUUUUUUUCUAAACUUAUAGUGUUAUACUUUUAUGUACUUUACAAACGCUAACUGUGUAAUAUAUAUUUUUCUAUCAAGUUA